AUGCACCGCAUGCUCCUCACCUUGUACCGCAGCAACCAACACAGCCGCUGCAGCAGCCGCAGCAGCGUGGAGGCGGGGCGAGGGGUGUGCAGCAGCAGCAGCAGCAGCAGCAGCAGCGUGAGCAGCAGCAGGAAGGCGAGCAGGAAGUCGUCGUCCUCUUCGGCUGAUCCGGGCGCGUCUCCGGAGGAGUGGGUGGCGGGUGUGGCGGAGGCGGAAGCAGCAGCAGCAGCAGCAGCAGCAGCAGCAGCAGCAGAAGAGGAGGAGGAGGAGGAAGCCCCAAUCCCGGGCCGUAGACGCAGGAAAAGACGUCGGGUGUCGGUGAGCGACCCGCUGUCGGGGCGUCCGUCGGACGCGUUUUUGGCGGAGCGGGUGGCGGCCGCGGCGGAAGCAGCAGCAGCAGCAGCAGCAGCAGCAGAAGCAGACCUGGACAUAGACUACGCGCAGCACCCCUUCUUCCGGCUGCCGCAGCGCAGACCCGCGGAAGGCAUCCUCCCCCUCGAGCUGCAGCGACACGGAGCAGCAGAAGUCAGCACGGGAGUGGCCACCAAACUCAGCCCCGUCCGCUACUUGCUGCAGAAGGAGUGGCUCAGCCCCAGGGAGCAGCAGUACCUCGUGCGCCUCGGCGAGACGCUGCUGCGCUACGCCCAGCGCUUCCUUGCUGCUGA